GAACGAGAGCUUACAAUCAGCUAACUCUUAUCCACCACCUUUAUUACUUUUCAAAGUUCGACAAACCGAAAGCCUGAGUUGUCUAGGUACACACCCUCUCUAGCCAUGUUCUCCAUCAGCCAUGCUCUUGCUGCGACGGAUGCCGUCAAGCUCUCUAUUGAAAAUGCAAUUCAGAAUGGAGACUUCGUCACCAACCACGCUGAGGAGGUCGAGUCUCGUGCUGCGAAACACAAGGCCUUAAAAACACUAGACCAGGCUGUUGACGUAGUAGACUCUACUCUCGCAAAGCUUCGAAAGAACGUUGCAAAACGACAUGGGACUACACCAGUUGCAACUACUUUCCGUGCUUCCAAGGUUUCCGCUCCGACAAAGUUCUUUGGCCGUACGGCUACAGCGGCGGCAUCCUCAAAUGACAAGGUCAAAGAUAUGAUAAAGACCAUGUCCGCUGAGAAAGGCGACGCUGGAAAUCCCACUCUUGCUAAUUCUGUUCCCACAUUGACAGAAAUGGCCAACAAGACAGCGCCCAUCAUAGAUAACUUUGAUUCAGUUUUGAAAAAACCAUACCUGGACCAGUUCAGCGCUAUUCUAAACACGGUACCUGUGAUCGGCCUGAAGGAUCAGACGAUCAUGUACGUGAAUAAGACGCGUAACUCAAUCCCUCUUCAACCCCCAAUCGAUCAGUGGGCAGUGUUCAGCAGUCUCCCUUCAGGAGUCACGGUUGGCCCCGAUGAUAAAGUUCAUUUCUUCCCGUACAAAGGUGACUUCUACAUGUCAAUUGGAAAAAAGGUCUGGUACAAGAAACAUCGCGAGGGCGUCAAAGGAGGCAUUGCUGGAGACCCAGAGCUGGCAAAGGCUGUGGAUAAUUGGCCAUACAUGUACAACAAUGACUGGAUUCAUGUUGGCGACCAAGCCCUACCAGAAGAUGACCUGAUCGCAGUCAUGCCGUACACGGUACUAUCAGCAGAUCACUCUGCCAUCGAGUUUCACCUCAUCCUACUCAACCGAGACUCGACUUUGCAGGUUCUCACCGGCGACUCGAUCAAGGAUACAAAUGAAUUCGCGAAUCUGAGCUUCAAGGCUUCUCAGGAAAGCGCAUCUAGGCCGCAGUGGCAGUUGAUGACCUAUUGGAACGACCAACUGGUCGGCUAUGACAGCGAGCAGAAUUUCUGGGAUCUUAAGCCCGAUUUUGGUGGCCGCAGCUACACUGCCUCAGACAAGACAAAGCUUCCAGAGCCUAUCAGUGGACUGACUGCGACCGAACAAGGUCCAGUUGCCAUCCGUGCCGAUGGCCAGCUGUGGAAACGCCUCGUUGAACCACCCAAGAACGACGACGACCCCGGUAGCUAUUCUUGGAAGGCCUGGAUCAAGGUUGACGGCGUGAAGAACAUUGGAGUGGCAUCCCCAGGAGUAUUGCUUGACCUUAAUCUCCUGACUAGUACACUCCAGUCUCGUUAUAUCGAGACUCAAACUGCGGUCAUUCCACUGAUGAACAAGAUGCGCUCAUUUGGCAUGACUCACGCUGUCUAUCUCAAGAGUUUGAACGAAGCGGCCAACACAUGGAUCAACAACCCUGAUGAUGCUGCAAAGCAGGCGGAUGCCAUCAAGCACGGGAAAGGAUUUGUAAACCACGCCAUGGUAUGGGCUAAAAUCCUUGGAAGCGCUGCCGACAGCGCGAAGACCCCGGUAAAUGUCAUGGCCAGUCAAUUAAAAGACGUCGAAGCACAGCUCGAGAUUCUGCUCACUACCCUUCAGACCAAGCUCGCCGGGUUGAAAGCAGCCUUAAAAGUGGACGAAGACUACCUCAGCAAGCUUCAAGCCGCUUUAUGGGGCUCAAUCGCUGCGAUGCUGUUAUCAAUCGUUGUAGCCGUCAUCGGCGUUACGACCAUGAAUCCGUGGGUCUGCGCGGCGGCUGGUGCUCUUCUCGCCGGCGGUAUUUUAGGUGCUUGUUUGCUGGCUACAAAGAUGGGUGAAGUAGCCGCACGAAUUUCAAACACCGAAUCCCAGAUAACCACCACGCAGACGGCAAUCAACGAGUUAUCCACGGUAGUUGACAGCUUCCAGAACAUAAGUGAACUUUACAGUACAUUGAACCAAUUCUUCGGACGAAUGACUCUAGAUGCGGCUACUCUAAAGGAUAUGGAUGAUGCGACAGCCUUGCAACUUGGAGCAGAAGUUCUGGCAGAUACAUCUUCUAUCGACGCUGCGGCUUCGAUGACUGAAGACAUCACCAAGGCUUGCACUGCAUAUCUGGAUGUACUCAGUAGGCAGGGUAUCAAACUACCUACUGUUGAAUUUGCUGCUCUGAAUGCCGUACCACACCCUGUGCGCUUGAUGGCAAAGGCUCGCUCAACUGAUGACCGAUUCCACGAUACCGUCGAGAGCGCCCAAGCCGCCCUGUCCGAAGGCCGACAUGAAGACUAUUUUAAAACUAUUCAACGCGCGGCCGUUCUUCACGAGGCCAGUCUUUCGAUGGAACAUUUCGCACAAGUGUCCACCGGAAUCUGGGCAGAUAUUCCAGCCCUUACUAAUGCCGGUGCCAUGUGGGCUGGAUUGAACAAGCAUCUGGGAGCAAAUAGCUCAGCUAUACCAUUAUUCGUAGUCUCAAGCUCUAUUGCAGGUGCUAACGAGGUAGAAGGUAGUCUCAAUGAAUGCCGGCCUCAGGUGAUUUCGUUGAUGCGGCAGACCCUACAGCUCGCAGAAGUGUCGCAAAGCUGGGCCGAAAAAUACCCAACUCUCCCUGAAGAUGCCCAGAAGCUAGAGGCGCAGAAGUAUCAGGAUGAGGCCAUCAAAGCCUGUCAGGCUGCAGAAAACAGCUCUGCAAAAGCGAACAACGCAUUCAUCGACUUGAAUAACAAGGCACAAGCUUUCCAGCGAAGCCUGGACAGCCAAAUUGGCGCCCGGAAAGGCCAAAUUAAUGCUGCAAAUGCAAAUGCUAACGCCUUGAAGAGAAAUUUGUCUCCUCCGUGGUAUGUGUAUCUGGGAGGGUUAGUUACCAUAGGCGUAUGGAUGGCCACCGAGACCGCUAAGAUCAACGAUCAACUUAAUUCCACGGUCGACCACCUGAAUAGCAUGAUUUCUGAACUCACCAGCGCGAAAUCAAGUGGUAUCAACUUUGACGGCGAAUCUUUGACAUGGCAAGACAUGGUUCAGAAUGUCAGCCAUGACAUGUUCUUCAUCUACAAUAUCCUCACGGGCGUUGAGGGACAAUUGAUGGAAGAUCCAAAUCUUUAUGCCUCGUACAUCAAGGUUGAAUGGUCUCAGCUUGCAGAGAAUGCCAACAACGUGCUGACAAUCCUUGGAGCCCACAGCCCUGCCACUCUGUUUACUGUACAAGGAUCGGGCUUGAAGAAGCUACGGGCCGUCUCAAGGAGCACUUCGACUGGCGAUAAGAAGAAACUUAUAGCGUCUGUUUCCUCAAGCGGCAAGCUUGGUAGUACGCUGGCGACUCAAUCGAAACAAUGCCAGGAUGCUUUCAAGCAAAUCAAUAUAGUUCUUGGUCUGCCAUGGAUUCAAGAUGUCGUUGGAUAUUGGGAUGACACCAAAACGAGCAAGGCUACUCUGUUCGAUAUUACUGCCAACCUGAAGCGAGAGUAUGCGCACAUGAUCGGCAUGGAAUACGACACGGUUCAGAAGCUCUACAGCCUCUCUAUUUUGCAGAGCGCCCGGGCUCAAAAUGUACAGAACGGCAAGCUGCCCAUGAAUGUCUUCAUCAAUUAUACUCUGACUUCGCUGUGUGCGGCGCUGAAGUCGGCUCAAAGCACUUCUCAAAAGUUCAAAGACAGUGCCAAAGACUUUGAAAACAUCGUGAGCAUCAUCUCAAAGAAUAUCGACGACAUAAGCAGUAAGAUCGCAGGUCUCGAUACCAAGAUUGAUGAGGCGAACAAGACCCUUCGUGAUAAGAUCAUCGGGGAGAUUGCCGACGUCAUCGCAAUCGCCUUCGCAACCGGCGCCUUGCUCGUCGCUCUCGGCGUUUUUGGUCCUGUCGGAGCCGCUGUGGCGCUGGGCACCAAGAUCUCUGCGACUGCGACCCUGACAGCGGCGAGCAUCAAGCUUAUACUUGACAGCCUCAGCAUAGACGACAUUGUCAAGACCAUUGAGGCGUUGAAGGCCACCCGAAAGGAUCUCCAGACUUCCAAGGAGAAUCUUACAAAGGUCAAGCCUUUCUUCACGAACAUCGCUCAGGGCGUUGAUGCCCUCACCGACACCGUGACUGACAUGGCCACAACGUUGCAGAAUGUCAAUGACAAUAUCGACAUCUGGAAGGAGGUUGCACUUACCAAGGAUGAUGUUGCUGAAAUCCAAAAGAGUUGGGAUGAAGUCAAAGACGAUUGUUUAGUAUGGAUGGAUAUGGUUCAUGGCCAAGGAAUCAAUCCUGUCACCAUGUCUGUGGCAAUUUGAAAGUGCAGAUAUGUGUAUUUAGUUCUUGAUCCUGAAAAGUAUCUCAAUUCAUUCACUUUGCUAAAGCUCUA